AUGAUGCAGCAGCGUUUAAACGGGUUGAAAAGCCGCAGUGAUGAAUCAAGGCUUCAAGCGGCCAAAGAUCUGCAGCAUUAUGUGUCUACAGAACUCCGCGAAGCUUCUGCCGAGCAGUACACGAGUUUUAUGGACGAACUUAAUCAUCACAUUUUCGAAAUGGUGUCGAGUUCUGAUGCGAAUGAAAAGAAAGGAGGAAUUAUGGCAAUUGGUGAGUGAUGUUAUGAUAAACUUUGUUCUUUUAUGGCUCCAUUGCUCGUGUAUUUGCGGAAAAGUUUUCAAAUGCCUUCCAAGACUUGUUACGUACAUGUAAAUAAACAAAGAUCAUUCGGUUCGUGAUCAGUUGAUGAUCUUAGACUCAGACUCCACUGGACAAUUAUUUCCUUUCUUUGCUUUCUACACGACUGAACCAUCGAUGAAACUUAAAUGUACAUGACUUUCUACAGUUCAUAUAUACAAAAACGUCACGUGUUUGAAGUUAUUUUCAUUCUGUUAUAGUGGCUCUUAUUGGCAUCGACAAUGGGAAUACCACAAAAAUGAGCAGGUUUGCCAAUUACUUGAGAAACCUGUUACCGUCAAAUGAUCAAGUUGUGAUGCAGAUGGCUUCCAAGGCUAUGGGAAGAUUAGCUCUCACAGGAGGGACGUUUACUGCUGACUAUGUGGAGUUCGAGGUGAAGAGAGCGUUAGAGUGGCUUGGAGGUGACAGGAAUGAAGGUCGUCGACAUGCUGCUGUAAGUACAUACACCAUUAUCCAAGCUUUUUCAGCAAGAGGCUAUAUUCUACACAAGUGGAGUUUGCGUCUGCCAACUAUAACUCUAAUAUUAAUUUUUAUGACGUUUUCUCGUAUUGUCUCUUUUUGUGAUAUUUUGUGGUUCAGAAUUUAGGGUAAUUUUGGGUAAUUUUCUAAAUUUUAUUGCUGUUAAGGAUUCUGCUUCUCAGUUGAAAACUUUUAUCAUCAUUCUAUUACAGGUGUUGGUCUUGAAGGAACUGGCACUGAAUGCUCCAACGUUCUUCUUUCAACAAAUUCAGCCUUUUUUUGAGAAUAUUUCAAAUGCUGUACGAGACCCAAAGGUAAAUUUAGUUCAAGACAUUAAGAAUCUUGAUAAACAUGAUUUGCCAUAAUUAUUACAAUAGUUACAAAUUAGAAUUGAGGUUCUGUAUGUAGCAAAGAAAGUGUUCACAGGUUGAUUUUCAUCUCAUGUAAUGUUUAUAGCAAGCAAUCCGUGAGGGUGCAGUGGAAGCCUUGCAAGCCUGUCUUGUUAUUUUGGCUCAGAGAGAAACAAAGGAAAUUCAGCAACGCCCCAUCUGGUACACUGUAAGUCUUAUGCAGAAAAUCUUUUUUCAAUAUGUGUACAUGUACAAAGUGAUGAGCACUUUCACUGCAAGACAAAUUUCAUGGCACAUUACUGGUAAGUGGAGUGCUUAAUGUCUGUUGAUAAUCUUAUGCAGUGACAGCAUUCUCCCUUAUUUUAAGCAAGACAGGUAAAUUUUCAAAACAGUAAAGCAAUACUUUUAAACAAUACUGUUGAAUGAUUUGAAGAGAUAUAGUUGGUAGUAAGAGGUACUGGACCAUAAUUAUAAGGCCAGUGGUCUCUAUUAUGACUACACAUUUAUAUAUUGGGACUACUUGACUAAGAUCUUGUACUACACUGUACAAGCACCUUUUUUGAAAAGCUCUUAUUAUUUUACUUUUUUAGCAAAUCUAUUCUGAGGCAAAGAGAGGGUUUGAGGACACUCUUAACACUAAAGAAAAGGGUGUUGUUCUCACAAAAGAUGACAAAGCUCAUGGAUCUCUGCUUAUAAUGAAUGAACUGAUAAGAAGUGCAAGCAUUGAAGGAGAGGUUGGCAUGACAUCUGUAAAUUGUCAUAAUGGUGUGAAUCCUGUAUGAGAUAAUCAUCAAACUAACACUCAAAUCCUAUGAUAUUGCUAGCCAGUUCUUUUAGAUUUUGUAUGAUCUUUUCAGUUCAAGGUGAUGUAUGUAACCCCUUUGACCCCUCAGAGCAACUAGAAUCUAAUUUCUCCCCACAAAGUCACCCCUGAAUCAUACAUUGAAGUCUUGAUCACCAACUAAAAAAAAUUCUAGAUUGUAAUUUAACAAAUGUAAAGGGUAAAGUCAUUGAUAAAAAACCAAAAAGAAGGAUAAAAAGAACGAAAUAAAACAAACAAAAAAUGUCUUAAUGUGAACAAAUUGUGCAUGCAAUUCAUAAAUACCUAUGUCAUAUCUCUUUAAACCCAGGAAAGCAACUGUGUUCCAUUUUGUUUUUUAUUUGUAUUAACCCUUUACCUCCCAUAAAAGAGAAUUUCCCCUUACAAUAUCAAUACUAUAUGAAGUAUAGCAGUCAUGAGAAUGAAGAAAAAUAUAAAUUUGGGGAUUACUAGUUGAUUCAAUACCAAAUUCUUGGAACUAAUAUCAUAAGAAUUGUAUAGUAGACCGUAAGGAGAAUUACUUUUGAGAUCUGGGAGUAAAAGGGUUAAGGGGUUUGAGUCAAGUUUUAUUUUACCAUUACAGAGAGCCAAACAGGAAUUAGAAGAAAUCUACUGUGAUCAAACCCAAACUCAAUUUAGUCUGGAUGAUUUAGGCAUUAAUUCUCCCAAGAGUAAGUUUGCUCUGCAGACUGGGUACCAACAUCAGAGAUCAUUGGCUUUACUUGGAGGGGGAGGGAUGGCGGAAACUAUCUGUCAUAGUAAAGUUUGUAAAGAUUUCAUGGAUGACCACUUUGAAGAGGUGAAUAUGUUGUUGCUUUUAUAUUUCUUGAAGUGUGAAGUAUACUGGGUUUUUGUGCAUGUGCAGUACUGUAACAGUGUGUCAGUCUGUACACAAGUUGACAAAGUGCUGACUAAGGGGUGACCAUGGUCAGACUUGCUCUCUUUCUUGUGAGAGUAGCAGUGCUUGUGGUCACUUGUGGGUGGAGAAGCUAGCAUUACCAAGCAGAAUGUGAGAUUGUGGGACAGUUUGGAACUCAGCCAUUUAUAGACACUGUUAAGUAGAAUGCAUAGUUAGGGAGAAGAGGGGAAUCAUUCUCAGGAAAACUGGGCAGAAAACUUUUGUCAACAGAUUGCUUCGGGUCAAUACGACAUUUGAGAGAGCUGUAAAUGAGCUGUAAUUUGAGAGAGCUGUAAAUGAAUUCAAAUUGAGCAUGCUCAUAAUUUUUUGCUACAAGUUAUGUUCAUGUAAUGGUGUUCUGUGAACUUUGCUAAACUGUGUGGAGCUAAAAAGAGUAUUUAUAGAUCUAUAUAUUACAUUGGAUAUUUGAAUAAAAUUUGUUUGUACUCCUCCUUACCCAUUUUUCUUCUUAAUUCUUUGUAUGCAUGUUCUUUAGGUGUGCAAACUGGUUCUAAGAUACAAAACAACACGGAACAGCUCCAUCCAACAGAUGCUAUUGACCAUUCUGCCCAGACUUGCUGCAUUUCAACCAAAACGAUUUGUUAAAAGGUAAGUUAAGCAUUUGUUUGAAUUGGAUAUUUGCUAACCUGUAUGAUCCUAUCUGGAAAAGUUGUGAGUUCCUUCUUGAUUGAUGAACACAGAGAGUCAGCAAAUUGGUACUGACAGUAUUAAAUGAUAUCUGUAAUUUUUGUCAAUGAAAGUGAAUUCUGUGCUGAAAAGAGCAUGAACAAAGACUUGUGAGUAUUUUGGACAGGAUUUAUAGAUACUAAUUAUUAAUUUUCUUUCUUCUAUUUUACAUAAAUUUCAUGUUUACUUUAUGCCUAAUGUACACAUGGCUUUGGGUGUGAUAUUGAUUGUAAAUUGAUGAUUUUUAGAUACCUCAGAGAGACUAUGGACUACUUAAGUGUUGCUCUUAGAAGAGUAAGUAAAACAUAACAAAAUUAUCAUGUGUUGUACAUGUGCAUGACUGUACUUUUUGAAAAUUACAGGUUGGAGUGCACAACUUUAACUUCAAGUUGAUAUGUCAUGUUUAUGUUAAUUGCAGAGUUUUUGAUAAGAAAUGGUUUAGCAGGAGAUUUAGUAUAAGUAGUAAUAAAACAUUCUCCCUGAUUGGGAAAAGUUAAGGCUAUUGAAAUUUUCUCAGAGGAUUCUGCCUUGUUAAGUGGGAAAUUCUGACUAAUGAAUAGAGAAUUCUACUUGUACUUGAAAGUAGAGAAUUUUGCCUAGUAGGGGAGAGUUCUGAUAGAUAAACAUAUAAUUCUCUUAUCUCUCAAUGGAGGGCCUGUUCAUGAAAACAAAUUUUUCCUAGUUACAGUGUAUUUUGGGAAUUAAUGAAUAAAGAACAUGCUUAAAUGUACUUCAUAUUUUUUUAUCUGUAAAUAUGAAAUACUUUCUUACUGUAGCACAAAAUAUGUGUACUGAAAAGAUUGUCAAUGGUAGAUUUUUCAUUUUAAAGGAAAGAGAGCGGUCUUCAGCUUUCAAAGCAAUUGGAUUGAUAGCCAUUGCUGUACGACAAGAUGUUGAGAAGCACAGGGGACCUGUGUUUGAGCAAGUCAAAGUUCUUCUUCCAAUGAAGGAUCUUGGGCAUAAGUGAGUGAAGAGAUUCUAGUUCAGUAAAUUCUACUUGUCUCUACUCUUUUCAGUUACAAAGUUUUGUAUGUAUACACAUCAUCCCUAAGUAAGAAGGAUCUAAAUGCAAAUGUGUACCUGGAAAUUGCAAGGGGCCUGAGGAAUGGUUGUCAUGGUAUUUGCUAUGGCCACAGGGCAUAUUGCUCAUUGGAGCUGGUUCAUUUACAUUUUUUAUUUUUUUCAUUGUUGCAUCAUCUUUCAGUUUUACUGCAUAUCACACAUUCAUGUCAACUUACAUGUACCAAUGAUAUUCCUGUAACUGUCAUCUUUUCAGGCGUCAAAAAGCAGUGACUGUUGAUCCAAUGGUGUUUGCCUGUGUUGCAAUGAUGUCAAGAGCCAUCGGACCAAAGAUCUCAAAAGAAGUUAAAGACCUUUUAGAGCCAAUGUUAUCUGUUGGGCUGAGGUAAAGUAUACACAGCUGUACUCGGUACAUGUAAUACUAAAAGUAAUGGUGAUAAUUUUGAUGUAGUGAAUCACAUUUGGAGUGUGAGAGUUAUUUUCUUUGACAUAUUAAGUAAAUGGCCCUAAGGAUUAAUCCCCUUGAUAAAGGUGUUCAACUUCUUUUAGCCUGGGAGCAGGUCUUAUUGUUAGCCCUCUGCCCCCUUGGAAGAUUUUAGAUGAGUUUGGGAGCAGUUUGCAGGGGGUCUGGCUUCAUUAGACCCCUUGCAUACCUCUUGCUGCCUUAAAUUUCUCAAGGCCUCUUACUUUCCGGUGGGCAAAGAAAGACCCAUGCUGAAGGGCUACCAAUAACGGCCUGUUCAUGUCAGCUAACCUCACUGUUAGUACAUGUAGAUGUUCAGUGUAGGUCUGUCGGUGAGCAUUAAUGAUUAUUCUCAUACUGAAUAUGAUUUAAUGUGAAUCUCUUCAACUAGUCAUGAUGGACCUGAUUAUAACAUGAACCUAGCUCUCAUAUUAUAUUAUGUUAUUUGUAAUAUCACAGCCCAGCCCUUACAGCAUGUUUACAUGACUUAGCACACCAGGUACCACAACUAAAGAAAAGUAUUCAAGGUUUGUGCCAAAUGAAAACUCAAUAACAAAUGCAUGAUUGUAUUUUUUUGCUCAUGUAUUGAUUCUGUGGCUGACUUUUUCCUUUUGCUUUUGGAUUUGAAGUAAAACUUACUGUGAUAAUUAUUUUUAACUUGGUGACUAUCAUAAAGGGCUAACCUGUUACACAAAUCUGGUUGUAAUUUUUAAUUUUUUUAUUUUGUUUUCAACUUUCAGAUGGUCUCCUCAAAAUGCUCUCUACUAUCUUGAUGAACAAGCCUCCACGACAUCCUGGAGCACCGAGAAAUGCCACACCCACUUUAACUCCUUCAGGUGAGGCUGGGUAAUUGUUCAGUAGUGUUAAACUUAAUGUAUAUGAGCAUCUGUUGAGGAAUGCAUUCAUUACCCUUGAUCUAAGACCAAGUGUUCUUGUUACUUGGAAAUCAGCAAAACAUUUUUGGUCAUGGCUUUCUGGCUCACAAACUGGGACUGUUGUAUGGAUACAUGUGCUCACUGCACCUUCCCUGAUCUUCUCUAUGGCUUAGUCAUCAACUAACAGGCCAACUUGAUAAAAACAUUUUCAUGUACAACUGUACUUCAAGCUAAGAUAUCACAAUCAUCAAAUGUUGAAUAUAAAAGCAGUCUCUGCUUAGCCAUCUUUGUGAGACAUGAAGUGCUUGACCACUACCAGUACAUAUCCUAUUACUUUAAUUGUAGAGAUAAAAACAAGGCAAUAAAAACUCCACUAAGUCAAUACAAAAGCAAAAAUUAUGAGAAAGAAAUUAAUACAGUUAACCCAAAAACUGCUUGAGGUUUUUGUUUCUGUGUUUAUUUGGAAAAUUCAGUUGUAUUUCAAAAGUGCAGUUGGGUAUGUUUAAGUGUUCAAAAGCAUCAGUUUUGGUAUAGAUGAUCCUUUUGGUGCUUGAAACUUGGUACUGGAUAGCUCACUAAAUCUUGAAGGUUGCUUGAUAAAGGAUUUACUCAGUAGAAUUUGCUUGUAGAACUCUUUUGGCAUCCCUUACAUCUUUAAGAAGACUCUUGUGUUUACUGGGAAAAGUCAGUUGCAUUUCAAAAGUGAAGUAACAAUCCUCUGAGAGCUUCAAAUCCAGAGCCAAACAUCAUGUGCUCUGCCACUGAGCCAUCAUAUUAACCUUGUGCAUGCACAGUAAAUGUCAGGGGGUGAUUUGGGACAGGAAGAAAAACAAAGCUUCCCACAUAACCCUUUAAACCCUAAGAAUGACUUGCAACUAAUUUCUCAUUACAAAAUCACCCCUGAAUCACAUGUUAAGGUCAUGAGAAUGAAGGAAAUGAUCACUAAUGUUAAAGAAGCUUUUGAUUGGUAAACAAAUUCUCCUUGUUGGCACCUCAAGAAAUGUAUAAAGAGCACUAUGGGGAAUGUAAAUAUCUUAUUUUAGGGUGUAAAGGGCAAAUGGAAGCCUAAGUUAAAAGUCAUCAAGUUGUAAGAAAAGUGUGAGUAUCCAAUGUACUGAUACUGAUUAACUUUUGUACUGAUUAGCUUUUGUGCUGACUUGGAAAUUUUAAUUAUUUUUUCUUUUUUCAGCCUCAUCUCAUUCACUGUUUGACACUCUGGAUGUGACCAGCACUGUCUUGGCUUUAAGGACCUUGGGUACCUUUGAUUUUGAUGGUGAGAGCUCAUUGUAAGGAGUUCUGGAUAGUGCCAACAACCAUCCAAAAUUUAAAAAUAAUUGAGUAAUGUACAAUAGUCUUAUUUAUUUACAUUUCAAAAUUGUACAGUCAUUCACUAAAACUACUUGAGAUGUGGUUAAUGGUUGUUUCAUUAGAAUUGAUUUACUUCUGAUUGGUGUUCUCUUGACCACCAUUUAAGUUGAAUCCCUUUGUUUUAUGAUGAAGAAUGCAAUAUGUGGCUUUCAGUUGAGGGUUGUCCAAUACCACGGGUCAUAAUGAGUCAUAAAACUGACUUGAUGAUGAGUACGGUCCGUAUGGGUAGUGUAAUGUAUUCACGAACAAGCAUUAACACUGUAUGGGUGAAUGUACUCUUCACCUACAGGACAUCUGCUGGCUCAUGGAAAUCUUGUUCGUCAUUGUGCUGAUACCUUUCUGGCAAGUGAGCAUAAGGAUAUCCGCAUAGAAGCUGUCAGAACUUGCUCUAGGCUCUUGUCACCAUCUCUCCAUGUAAGUGGUAACUGUUGUGUUUACUUAUAACAACAAAACAGGGGAAAUGGUCAUUUUAGUAAUAAUUAUAUAUUGCAGUUGAGUUUUUGAGUUUAAUCUCAAAGUGUGGCUAACAAGAAGGAUGAACAUGAUAUUACUGAUCAGAAAUAUUUGCAUACAGCUGUACAUGCAAGCAGUUUCUGUGUCAUGAAGCCACAUGCAAGCAAUUUUUCCUUUGGUAUUGUUUUGCGGACAAGAGUGAAAUCAUUUCCUCAAAACUUCCUAGAGCAUCUUGACCCUUGAUUUACAAUCCUCAAUUCCUUGCUACUUGAGCCUGAAUUCUCAGUAGUUUCAAAGUUGAGGAUUGAGUUUUGAGUGGAGACUGUCAAGUCACAUUUGAGCAGUAGUAUGAGUGCAGUAUAUUAUUCAGCCUUAUCUGCAUAAUGCUUGUUUUGCAGCCUAUGGUUGUACCACAUGCUCCUCUUCAUCAUGCCAACAUCAGUGCCAGCUCAACACAAGUUGUGUCUGAGGUGUUGUCUAAGAUGUUGAUGGUGGGAAUAACUGAUCCAGGUAUGCUUUAGAUUUCUUUUUUUUUUUUUGAGGUACUAUUGUGCUUUUUUGCUGCUUUUCCACAGUCAUCCUCACAGCUUUGCAUAAUUGUGCUGAUAUUAAUUGCUUUGAAAUGAUUGAUUUGUUGGUUUUGAUGUUAUUUCUGGCAGUCUCUUGUAUAAUUAUGAUGCUGUAGGUUGCAAAAACCCACUGGCUGUCAAACCAUUUUGGAUUGGCUAUGUCGUGAAUUGUGAUCAAAGACAGAAAAUAAGUCUUUUGAACUGAUUCUAAUGUUAAGAAAAUUGGCUCAUAUGUCUCAGAAUGCUGGAAAUCUCGUCUCAGCGAGUUUCAAACUUCAAAACUUUACAUGGGAGCAUAGGGCAUUUAUUCCAAUUCUUCUCAGUUCACAUCAUGCAUUUUAUAACAUUUUCUUAUCACAACCCGUUCAUACAUGUAACAUGAAAAAAAAAUUCAUGCAAACCAUGGCACAGGAAGCACUAGGUUUUAACCUGUGUUUUUGUAUGUGUACAUAAUUUUUUGCAUCUGUUUUGGCUGCAGACCCAGACAUUCGUUUUUGUGUGUUGUCAUCCUUGGAUGAGAGAUUUGAUGCACACCUAGCCCAAGCAGAGAACUUAUCAGCUUUGUUUGUGGCUCUUAAUGAUGAGGUAUGUUUGAUUGAAACAGAAACUUACUGUACAACUAUGCACAGUGUACAUUUGCAGUUUAUUGUCAUAGUAUUUAUAUAUGUUGAUUGAUAUACUGUAACUUUUAUCUGAGUAGGUUGAAGUUGGUUAUUGUUAUUAACAGGAGUUUGAAAUUCGUGAACAUGCCAUCUGUACAAUUGGAAGGCUUAGCAGUUUGAAUCCAGCUUAUAUCAUGCCAUCACUGAGGAAAACUCUUAUUCAGGUACAGCAGUUAUUAAUAGUAUUUUUUCUCAGUAACCUGUAGUUGUUGGUAUCACAAUGUUGGAUUUUUAUACUUUGUAUCUAUCGAACAGUUAGUAUUUAUUGUUGCUCACCUCAAUUCUAUAUGUUUUUAUUGGAGUCAUAUAGAAAUUGUUUUUGCUCAAGACGAAGGGGUCGCAUACAUAAGUACUGUCUGCAAAAAAUUAAUUACUGUAUCUGUGGAGUCCCAAAGUGAAUGAUACUUGCCUAUAAUAUACCUUUAGGAGGGGGGUUCUGAACAUUGCAUACUGCAAAAAAUUCUGCAAAUCUGUUAAAUAAAUAUAACAAAAAAGAAUCAGUGAAUACCACAAGAAGUCAAUAACAAGUAGAAAGACGAGGUCAUGCUGAAACCACCACAACUCUGUAUGUUAUGGUUCUAAUAGCAAAUAACACAGAAAUAACAAUGAUGAACAUUACAUCAGGUAAUUGUUUCUGAAACACUGGAAACAGGAAAAGGCUGGGAACAGGGUGAAAGACUUGGAGGAUAGUUUUCAAUACCCUCCAAAAUGAAUAAAAAAAACUGCAUCACACAGGUUCUGAGAGUACUGUGAGAUUAAAAUUUUUGAAAUACCACAUGAUAAAAUGUCCAAUUAACUGAAAUCCCCAGUGUCUUCCUGUUUUAGACUUACAUGUAUUUGCCAACUUGUGUGAAUGGCUACACAAGUUAGAAGUCAUUUGCAUUAAGAAACAGGAAUUCAUCAAUGUAUGUUUUUCCUGGAGGGUUAUGAUUUUAGACGUUUUCAAUUGUCAGUUAUGUUUGUGACAUAUGACAAUUUUGUACAUGUACACUGUAGAUAUUGACUGAGCUAGAAUACAGUGGAGUGGGACGCAACAAGGAACAGAGUGCUCGUAUGCUGGGUCAUUUAGUAUCCAAUGCACCAAGACUAAUUAGGCCUUAUAUGGAACCAAUCCUCAAGGUCAGAAUAUGUAACAACCUUUUACUGGGAAUGUUAAAAGUUUGUAAACAAGUACACAAGUUUUGCUUAAAAAAAAUUUCAUUUGACCAGCAGAUGAAAAUCAAGUUAUGCAAAGAUCAUUGUAGGUGUACUAUAAUUUAAAGGCAGAAAGGAAGCCUGAAAAAUUUAGGUUUUGGUGUGAUUCUAAUGUGUGCCUCCUACAGUAUGCAUGGGCACUAUCAUUCUUGAUAUGCCUGCCCCACCAGUAUCUACGAGUUUGAAUCCCGCCAAAGUCUGAAUUUUUUCAGGCUUCUUUUUAGCAAUAUUAUUGCUUAAAUUGCACACUUGUGAAAAUUAUUGCUUUACUUUAUGUGAACACGCAGAUAUGAAAGAAAAAUGAAUUGUAUGGCACAAGCACCAUUUCCUUUUGUUUGUCUUGUAUGGCUGCCUUGUUGAGAAAAUUAAUUUGUUUUUUUAACAGGCGCUGAUUCCAAAGCUAAAAGACCAAGAUCCCAAUGUAGUUAUAAGUGUAUUGGCUGCCAUCGGAGAACAUGCUCAGGUAUCAUUCAGAGAAACAAAUAUCUUUUACAUCACUUAAACUGUGGGUCUAGAUAAGACAAUUCUACUUCCAAGGGUGCUUGAACUUGGUAAGAAAUUGGUGUAUAGUGCAAAAUUUUAGUCAGUACAAUUAUUAUGUUUUUUUUUUAAAAAGUAGUAAGUUUCUAAAACAACUGUGGUGCUGUAUUGGUAAGGGAUGUUUUAAGAUCAUUUGGUUUUAUACACUGAUUUGACGAUAUAACUGCUUAUGUUUCAAGUGUUAACCCUUUGUUAGAGCUGUGACAAAGGACUAAUGCUUGAAACAUCAGCUAUAGAAACUCUCUACAGUGGCCUAUUAACAUUAUUAACUUAGUUGAUGGAGCCAAACUCCUAUAUUUUUAAUUUUUAGCUGCCAUGAUUUUACAUCAUAAAUAAGGAGAUUUUUUUGAACAACCAUUGUUAAUUUCCUUAUUAGGUCAGUGGAACAGAGAUGAGCAAGUGGCUGAAUGAACUUUGUCCCAUAAUUCUUGAUAUGCUUCAGGAUGCUUCACUGAACAACAAAAGAGAGGUAAACAUUAUUUUGUUACUUGUAGAGAAUUUAGGGUUCAAAUUGUUUGUGAGAUUCAUAAUAAAGUGUUUGCCCUUAUUUUAAGCACAACAACUGAAAGAAAUUUUUAAACCUGUUGAGCAAUCUAUUUUAUGGAAUUUCAGAAGUGAUUAAGAUUUCCAAGUGAUUUUAGGUAGUAAUAAGAAGUACUGUGGGUGGUAAAUUGUACUAGUUAUUACCUGAAAAGGAGAAUACUUAUAAAAGCCCUAUACUGUAUCUAUAUAUGGUUGGAAUACAGUCUCAAAACAGUAUUACAUGUGCCUAGUACAUAAACUAGCAACAGCCCUGCUACUGAAUGUGAGAGUUAUCCUCACACUAAUUAAGUAAACACUACUGAAGCAGUAGUGAAAAUAAAAAACCCUUUGACCUUUGUGAUACUGGUGCAGUGCUCUACCAACUGAGCUAACAAGCCGGUAUCGCAGAGGUCAUGGGUUCAAAUCCCGUAUGGGCCUGAAUUUUUUUCAGGUCCUAUUUAUAACUACUCGUUUCAGUAGUGUUCUUAGCUGCGAGGAUCUCUUAAUUUCAUCAAGCCAACAGGGAGUUGAUUAUUUUGUUUGUCCAUAAAUCAUUCAUCACUUCAUUGCCCAUGAAGUGAUGAAUGAUGGACUGGGAAUUUUGCCAUAAUCAAUUUUGAUGUGUUUCACCAACAGAUUGCUCUGUGGACUCUUGGUCAGCUUGUGGAGAGUACUGGGUAAGCUUUGUACUUGAAGUUGUUUCUCUGAAAGCUGCAUCCUAUUAUUGAUAUAAACUGUGGUGACUUUAGAGAAGCUACAACUACACCUGUGUAAAAUUAUGAUUGCCUUUUUAGGUGUUUUUCUGUUUUGUUUUGUUUUUUUUAUUGCCAAUCAGCUGCUGACAUGUCAUUUGCCUUUUGUGCCACUCUGUCAGGUUGAUGAAUAAAAUGGCAAAGCAUUCACCAUUCUCAAAUCAAGGUCAUUUGUCAAAUGUUCUUGUCAAUAAAGGCCUGUGGUGUUUUAAUUUGAAACAAAGAAAUAAAUGGGCUUGUGUAGAGACAGAAUUUCUCUUUUCUUGUGUUCAACGCAAAGAGAAAUUCCACAUCUCCACAAGCCCUGGUAUUAUUCUCUAUUUAAUCUAUUUGGACGUAAGCAUGAACAUAAAUUUGAAAACAAUAUUGAAAUUGUUCUGCUUGAAUUUCUUAGAUAUGUAGUAGAACCAUACAGGAAGUACCCUAAUCUUUUAGAGGUCUUGUUGAACUUCCUCAAAACAGAACAGGCCAUUGGAAUAAGGCGAGAGGUGUGUUUGUAGUUCUGUAACACUCAUAUGUCAGUUGGCUUUAUUCCUUUAAUUGCCGAAUGAUUGAGUUUUUUUGAACCUCACUCAUUUUUUUGUUUGUGUGUAGGCCAUCCGAGUGCUUGGACUUUUAGGAGCUCUUGAUCCUUAUAAACAUAAACUAAAUCAGACUGGAGGGCUCCUAGUAGGUGGAAACUCUGCCAAAGACUCAACAGAUAAUGAAGCAGGUCAGAUUUGAAAACAUGCAACUGUAAUAAUGAAAAAGUGUGGCUGGUAAUAUGAACAUGUAGCUUGGUAACAAAAUUGCUUUGCAUGUCUCUUUUUUUUUUCUCAAAUCCAUUACAGUCUCAUUCGUUUAUAUUCUAUACAUUUGCAGCUGAUACUAGCACAAGUGAAAUGUUAGUUACCAUGGGCAGCAUUCAGCUAGAGGAGUUCUACCCUGCAGUGGCUGUGUCUGCUCUCAUGAGAAUCGUUAGGGACUCAUCACUGUCCAGUCACCAUACUAUGGUGAUUCAGGUAACAGAAUAAACAAUGAUUAUAACACUAUCCAUUCUACUGAAACUUUAUUUCAAUAGUUUCUCAGAAGUCUCAAAGCAUCUUCCUACCUAGCCGUUAGUGUUAUGACUAGUACAUGUACAAUGUAAGAAGGACUUUAGUGCACAUACACUGUACUAGAUGAAAACUCAAUGUUUAAAAUGCAUGAUCAAGUUAUGAAAUAGGUUUUCUUGUACCAAUCAUUUUGAUAUUCACGUACUUGAUGGUUUAUCGUUUACACCCCAACAUCAGUAUGUAUCUUCUCCGUACAGUUCUCUUUACAUUCCCUACAGUGCUGAAAAGGAGACUUUUUUUUAACAAUCAAGCUCAUUUAGUUGGUGAUCAUUUCCUUUAUUCUCAUUGCCUUAAUGUUUGAUUAAGGGCUGAUGUUUUGAAGAGAAAUUGGAUGCUGCUCAAACUCAUGGGUUGAAGGGUUAAGUGAAGUGUACCACAAGCGCUGGUAUUACUUCAUUGAUCAGAACUUGAACAAAAUUCUCGAACGUGAUUGAUUAUCACCAGCCCGAUUAGAGCACUGAUAGGCCAAUUGACACGUCAUGCCUGUGUAAGUGGGCAGUUCGCGUCAUGUACGCGUGCUGUUGUCGCGCAUUUCGCCGAUUUUUUUUAUGAAAACGUAUGACCUAUGUCUAGUUUGUUUCUCAGAUUUGUAAUACUUUUGAUUACUCGUGAUAAACAAAUCGGACUUCUGCUUCGCAGCUGUCUGAUUUUGUCAUUCACUUGUAUGAUUACAGACCGAAUUGGAUUCCACUCGGAAUUAAUUUGUAAUAAUUAUACUGGAGGUACAAUGUGGACCCAAUUGUUACUCAAAUGCCAAUGGUGAUAUAUUAAUUUUUUUCUCCUUUUAGGCUGUGACAUUUAUUUUUAAGAGUCUUGGAAUGAAGUGUGUGACCUACCUUUCUCAGGUAUGAUCAUUAAUUUUAUGACCUUCAUAUAUUCUUAUUCUUAUAUAUAUUCUUAACCAUCAUUAAUUUUAUUGCAUAUUUCCCUAUCGGUCAUUGGAAUUAUUAGUGGUUAUUGUAAACUUUUUCUUUUUGUUUUCAGAUUAUGCCGUCAUUUCUGAAUGUCAUUAGAACUUGUGAUUCAUCAUUUAGAGAGGUUUGUAAAUUUUGGAAAUAUGUGCUCUGGAUGAUUACUACCAGUAAAUUAAUUUCAAGAGCAUCAUUUGAUUCACAAUUUGUUGAAUUUUUUGUAGUUUGUACUUCAGCAACUAGGAGUGCUGAUAUCAAUUGUCAAGCAACAUAUCAGAAACUACUUGGAUGAAAUAUUUGGUCUGAUCAAGGUGUGUUCGAUUAAACAAUUAGUUUCCUUUCUAAACCAUCAAAAAGUCCCGCUUUUAACUCUGUUUUCAAAGAGGACUUAGACUGCGCUUUAAGUGUAUCAUAUCGACUAACUAAAAUUUGUGUCGGCGAGUUGACUAAUGCAUGGUGUCGGCGAAUAGGUAGUCGGCGAUGUGACCGGUAAGCGAUCUUUGUGUGUAAAGGGAAGUUUGCUGUGAAUUUGGACUUGAUUCUCUCACAUUAGUUUGACAUGAAUUGUGAAACUUCCAUCAUCAAGUCGCCGUGGAAAGAUGGUUUUUGCAAGUAUUGAAACACCUCCAGUUUCUGAGAAGCUAAGUAUUGACGGUGUUUAAUUUUUCCAGCAAUACUGGAUCCUUAACAGUCCAAUGCAGACGACCAUUAUACUGUUAGUAGAACAGAUAGUUACAGCCCUAGGAGGAGAAUUCAAGGUAACAUUUUCAAAUGGCUGAAAGACUAUGUAGAGUCUAUUGGCAUAAAUGAAUAGAGUUAUUUUCAAGAGAGUGUCGAAAGUAAUGCGAAUUUGCAUUGGUUAUGCUUUACUUCGCGCCACUCUCUCAGCCAAUCAGCGACAAAAGUGAAACCAAUCACGAUCUGGUCGCAUGCGUUUUCCCGCGCUUGAGGCAGUUUGCUUGGUUUUAGUUACAGUUCUCAUUGGUUCCUUAUAAUAUUUUCGUUUGUUUUGAUUGGCUGUUGUGAUAACUUUGGUUUUGGUUUUCCGACACCCAAUCGAAUUAUUAUUAUUAUUAUUAUUUUGUAAUUAUGAUUGUAGUUUUUCAGAACAUACUUACCACUGGCAACUACGGUAAUUAGACUGACUUCAAUAAACCAGCUGAUUUUUAAACGGUUAACCCGAAAAACAUAACAUUUCUAAUUAUGAUUGUAGUUUUUCAAAGCAUACUCACCACUUGCAACUACGGUAAUUUGGCUGGUUUCGAUAAACCAGCUGAUUUUCAAACGGUUAACCCAAGAAACAUAACAUUUCUUUUCAGAUCUACUUGCCGCAGAUUAUUCCUCAGAUACUCAAAGUGUUUAUGCAUGACAACAGCUCUCAAAGGAGUGUCACAACAAAGGUAAUUAUAAUUAAUUAUUGCAAACGUUAUUGAAUGCUGUGCGUUUGCUCGAAUUUUUCAACAAUGUUACAAUCCCUUAAUCGCGCGUCAAGUGCGUGUAAGAGGUGCUAAUUACACGCUCUUCGGAGCGUGUAGUAACGCGUGUGCUGUAGAGAGAUUGCACACGUGCAAAGGUUUACUCUCAAAUGCUUGUAUUUUGAUUUGCCUUUUUUCAUUCACUACGCGCAUUUGCUUGUACUCUUUCAUCGAAUGCUGUCUCUGGGAAUUUGUGCCUCACCUAACGUGAUGAUUUUGAAAUGCUUUCCUGUGACGGAAAAAACGAAGUUGAUCUCUUUAUUGUUAUUCGGGUCAAUAAUCCGCCCUUUGGUGAAUCUUACAUUCGUGUUAAUCAUUCGCUUCCCUUAUGCGAAGGUUGAAAAACAUGAGAAAAUCAAGCGCAAAUUAGAGAUUUCUUCCAGUGGUAAGAGAUGGGAGGGAAGAACGGGGCCGGAGUUCGCGGCAAGGCGCCACUCGAUCCGCAUCGGGUGUAUAAAAUUAGAACUUUAGUCAACCGUUUAUUCCAGUAACAAGUAUCGACGAGUCCGCUAAAGCCAUGGACGAGUACUUUAGGCGGCCGAGUUGUCGAUAGAGGGUAACAUAAGCUGUACUUCUCCUAUGUUUAAUUAACUAUGCAGGUAUCUCUAUUGGUUAUGAAUGACUCAGUCAUAACCAAGCGUUUUUGUUAUCCUGCAGCUAUUGAAUGCACUUCAGAUGUUUGGUUCCAGCCUCGAUGACUACCUCCAUCUUCUUGUUCCACCAGUUGUCAAACUGUUUGAUUCGUCUGACAUCCCGCUUGUCGUCAGAAGGUAAGCACAUGAAUCAUGUCGACUUUUUUAUUGUAUUUUGUUCUGUCCGUCUGUCAGUCUGAACAACUGUGCCUGUCUUUAUGUCUGUCCAUCCAUCCAAUUUGUCUUUUGACACUGUUUCAAGUAUGCUGGGAGUUUUCACAGUAAAUGGUAGUAGUAAUAGUAAUGAUGGUAAUGAUAAUAUGUAUGAAUUAUUCCGGUGAGCUGUGUUUUCAUUACAGAUGUGCUUUAGAGACUUUGGACCGUCUCAGUGAGUCUCUGGAUCUCACAGACUUUGCAUCACGAAUCAUUCAUCCAAUAAUGAGGACAUUAGACUCAUGCCCAGACCUACGCCAUACAGCUAUGGAUACUUUGUGUUCUCUGGUGUUCCAGUUAGGGAAACAAUAUUCUACAUUCAUUCCCACUGUUCAUAAGGUUUGUGUGACUGCUUUUAUCAUCACAAAAUGACCUCUUUUUUCUUUGACCAAGUAUCUCAGCUCCUCAUACUCGUCUAUUCUUUAUCUUAAACUUGCAGGUAAUUGUGAGACAUCGGAUCCAGCACCAACGUUAUGACAUUCUGAUCACUAAAAUCGUGAAGGUUAGUGUACCUAACUGCAACCUGCCAGAAUCAUGGUUAAAACUUAUCGAUACUGUGUGUACUCUUCUCUUUUAAAUACCUCUAUGGACUGAGUGAAUGAUCCAUCGUCGCGGUUUCGAUGACUUGAAUCCUAUCCUUUUUAAAAGCCCACUUCAGCUAGAUUCACGGAAGAAUGGGUGUUGUCUUAGUUUCUUUGAAGAGCUUAUCUCCUUUUGUUGAAUGGAGUAUUGACACGGUUUGAUUGACCUGGAUACUUUCCUUUUUAACCUUUACGCCCUAACAUCCUCUGCACAUUUCCUUUAGCACUAAUUAGGAGAAUUUGUUCAACAAUCCAUACUUCUUAGAUCAGAAAUUAUUUCAUACAUUCUCACGAUCUUAAUGACUGCUGGUCACUGUUCAGGUGUAAAAGGUUAGGAGACCAUUUUCCUUUGAUUAGGAGGAUAGUGUGUUGUUUGUGUGACCUGAGUACUUUCCCCUUUUGAGAGCCCAUUUAUGCUGGAUAAGGAGAUUAGAGUGUUGCUAACCAUUUCUUCUUCAAGAGCCCUUUUCUGUUGGAUUGGGAGAACGAAGUAUUGUCUCGCCGCCAAAAGGCUGGUAGAGGAAACUUGGCAGAUGACUCCGCUACCAAUGCAGCCAUUGAAGCUGCGAGCAUCAAGAAGCUGACAUUUAAGGCGGACAGUCUUCAAAGGGUGAUGUUAAUUUUUCUCCAUUCAUUUUAAAGAUAAAGCUCUUGGUUGAUGAUGUAUCUAAGUCAGUAAGACAUGAGUACUUGACCAAAGAAAUCAGCGCGGAUUGCUUCCUAUUUGAUCUCAACUAUAUUUGCCAUGGGUUGGACUCUGUUGGGGAAAAUUUGGAAUUAUCCGUGUUAUACUUUCUGAUAUUGUUUUUUUAUCUUGUAGGCGUGGGGGGCAUCAAGGUGCGUGUCAAAGGAUGAUUGGAUGGAAUGGUUGAGAAGACUGAGUGUGGAACUUCUAAAAGAAUCACCUUCACCCGCAUUACGGUCAUGUUGGGCUACAGCACAGACUUACCCCCCUCUUGCAAGGUAAACGUGUGCAUUAUCAUUGCCAUAGACUUACUCUCCUCGGACGAGGUGCAGAAACACAGUGUGUUACUGGUGCCACAGUAGUACCCUCCCCUUGAUAAUAACAAUGUAGUAACACCAGCCCAGAUUUACACUCCUUUAGUGAGGUGCCGUAAGGAUUAUUACCUCCCGCAAAGUUGUAGCAUGAAACGAUAUUAUUGUUAAUGAUCUUGUAAAGUUUUCCCCUAAAGUUUCCACGGUUGAGGCACGGAGGCUAUUCGCCUUGAAUUGCUCUUUGUAUAAUUGCACGCUAUUUUUCUCGUGGAACUUGUUUCUCAGACAUCUAAUUUUAAUGCGUCCUUUAACUUAUUAUUGAUCUCCUCAGGGACCUGUUCAAUGUUGCGUUCGUAUCUUGUUGGUCAGAGCUACACGAAGAACUUCAGAAUGAAUUAGUGAAACACUUGGAGAUGGCCCUGGGAAGUCAGAUCCCAGAAAUCACUCAGACCUUGCUUAAUUUGGCAGAAUUUAUGGAGCACACGGAAAAGGUGCUGAACUUUUCUCUCAUUUCGUGCUCUGCCCUGUUACUGUACAGUUAAAUGUUUUCUUUCACGUAAUAUCUUCUUCAUGGCUUUCUUUUAAAGUUUUUCAAUGCCUUUUUUCUAGGGCGCACUGCCUUUAAACAAUGAUCUGUUAGGUGAACAGGCCUCGAAAUGUCGAGCUUAUGCAAAAGCGCUGCAUUACAAAGAAGAGGAAUUUCACAGAGGACCGACCACUGAGACACUGGAGGCUCUGAUCAGGUAACAGCUGAAUAACCAAUAUCAGAACUCCUCUUAAAUGUGAUGACUUAUCGAUUGAGUCUUGGAAUACAUACUGUGAAGGUUAUGCCGAACAGCUGAAUUAUUACUUAAUGAUAGGCUUUUCUCGGUUUGCGAGUUUGAUUUGGAGUGUGUUCAUUAGUAUCCUUUGGAUAGUUACCUUGAGUAACUUAAUUGUUUUUUUUUUUCUUUCUGUCAGUAUAAACAACAAACUGCAGCAACCACAGGCAGCCCAUGGUGUUUUGGUUUAUGCUAUGAAGAAUCACGGAGCAGAUGUGGUAAGCAGUUUGAAAGUAUUGAUUGACACAGCUUACCUAAUCUGCACCACCUUUUAUGGUGAUUUGAUAAUACACGUAUGUUAUCUAACAGAAAAUUAAGGAGCGCUGGUACGAAAAACUCCAUGACUGGGAGCAAGCGUUGGAAGCUUACAACAAGAAAUUGAUUCAAAAUCCUGAUGAAAUCAACCUCUCCUUGGGACGGAUGAGAUGCCUCGAAGCAUUGGGCGAAUGGUAAUUCGUUGUUGGUUACUUUUGCUCUUUUUGUUAUUGUUCGUUUGUUUGUUUGUUUUUUCCAAUUGCACGCGAAUUUUUUUCAGUGGGUUGAUGGUUAAAUUUUGUUUGAGUCAACAUACCCAACAUACCUCUGUUAAAAGUGUAAUCACUGACUCAACAACUACCAUACCCAGACCUCAGGGCGGUCAUGCUUAACCCUUAUUUAUCAUCCAAACAGCGCUCUAAACAAUCUGUAGUCGAGCAGAAAAUAUCACCGAAACGUUGAUUUUUUGAGAAACUGUCGAAAGGGUUUCUAUUAAACACUAAAAGGAAACUCUAGUACCUUCAAAAAAACCCACAUUUGAGGACCUUUCAAAGUCCAUCAAUCGUUGAAGACGUUGUCAAGAAUAUAGGUCGUUUCAAUAAGAGACAGUUAAAGAGUGCGUGUGACUAAAGGUGUGAGCUGUUAAGUAAGUCUUGUUUUUUCAUUGAGUAAACAUCCAUCGUUUAGACGUAGAACGGGGCGUAGGCUCUUACGCAGAAUAACAGCAAUAAAAGUGAUAUGGCCAAAUAUUUUUUCGCCUUAUUGCAAAGGUGGGACAAAGAGAUGCAACAUAUCUUAAAAAACUUCUCUUUGUUUUCACAUUAUAGUCAACAGUGACAAGGAGUUGUGCAGAACUGUAAAAUCCUUGAACAUACCCAAAGACCCGCAGACUUUUAUUCUUUAAUAUCAAAAUGAGUGUUGUGUCAAACUAACCGAUAACUUCGCAGCAUUGACAGCAGACAGGGUGGGAAAGGGGGGGGGGGAAAGUAGAGUUUCCUAUUCUUGUAACACAUGUGGUUAUGGUAAUUUUUCAGGGGGGAGCUUCAUCAGGUAGCUGUUGAAAAGUGGCCGGUGGUAAGUGAUGACAUCAGGCAACAGAUGGCUAGAAUGGCGGCCGCAGCAGCCUGGGGACUGGGUAAGGCUGUGGUAAAUACUUGCUAGGGGAGGGUAGGAAGGCGCCGUAUUCAAAACUAAAUUUGUUGUCCACACAGGUAACUGGGACAGUAUGGAGGAAUAUACCUGUAUGAUACCCCGAGAGACACAAGAAGGAGCUUUCUACAGAGCGGCUCUUGCUCUUCAUCAAAACCAUUUCCAACAAGCACAAGGAGUAAGUGGCAACCCUCAACAGUUAAUUAUUUAGAAUUGUGUAGUGAUAAAUAUCUUAAUGAGCGCCGCUGGUUUAUGUGUUUGUAAAAAUAGUAACUGUCCUCUUAAAUCCUCUCUCGCUCAAAAUGGCGGUUCGUAAUCAGUGAAAAUCCUUUUCAACGCCACCUUUUACUCGUGACUUUGAUGUUGAAAAUACUUCUAUGGGAAUUUAUUGGUUCUUUAUUGCAUGAUAACAAGUUUUAAUUUUUAAACGAGUGAUGUUUGUUCUUCAUCAGUGUAUUGACUCAGCACGUGAUGUGUUAGACACAGAGUUAACAGCCCGAGCUGGCGAGAGCUACAACCGAGCUUAUGGGGUACGGUGCUCAUAUAUAUACUUUUUGGGACAGUCUCAUUUUUUUUUUAUUUCUCCCCGCGUAUACGUUGAAGAAAUCACAUUUCAAAAUUGCUCAAUUCCGUAGGGUGAUUGCAGUUUGUAGUCUGAUAAAUUUACAAAUAGAGUGUUAAAGUUGAUUGCAGCCAAUAAGCAAGAUAGUUUGUAGGUGUAUAGUUGUUUAAAGCCACUUUCGUGUGAUUGUCAAUGCAGGCUAUGGUGAGCGUACAGAUGUUAUCAGAGCUUGAAGAAAUUAUCCAGUUUAAGCUAGUCCCAGAGAGGAGAGAAGCCAUUAAAAGAACUUGGUGGAACAGGCUGCAGGUAAGUAUGUAGUGCUGUUACUUUACAUCCCUAAUAUCCAUGGCAUACUAAACGGUGGCACUGGGGAUGUGGGGUGGGUAAUUCCAUCCGUACAUCCUAGUGAAUCAAUAAACAAGUUGAACUGGUUUUUUUUUAUGUGUCUUCUGAUGGACGAAGGAGUCACGCUGUGUCUUAUUUUUUUUUCCUGAACAGGGAUGCCAGCGAGUAGUAGAAGACUGGCAAAAGAUUCUAAAAGUUCGCUCGUUAGUCCUCUCCCCACAGGAGGACAUGAAAUCAUGGCUGAAGUACUCUAGUUUAUGCCGAAAGAGUGGCCGACUUGCGCUUAGUCACAAGACUCUGGUCAUGCUACUUGGAACAGAUCCAUCGAAACAAGUUGACCAACCUUUACCAACCACCUACCCACAAGUCACGUUUGCUUACAUGAAGCACAUGUGGAGAGAGAAUAAACAGGUUGGACAGUUUCUAGUGAAGCGAAGUUCAUAAUAUUUGAACUUAUUGCAAUGAAACAGUGUACGCCGUAAAUUUGAAUGGGAAAACUAUUGUUUUGUUGCAGGAUGACGCUUUCAAACAUCUUCAGUAUUUUGUGCAAAACACGCUGCACCAGCAGGCGUUGUCGUCUCUGUCACCCACUGAUGAUGGACAGAAGAGAGAGGAGCUCCUCAAACUUGUUGCCAGGUAACUGAUGCUCCUCAGUUGUGUCCUUUUCUUGAGCGACUUAUAAAUAAUGAACUUUUUAACGUGCACAGGUGUUACCUGAAGCUUGGUGACUGGCAAACAGCUCUUGAGGGAUACAGCGAGAAAUCUAUUCCUCAAAUACUUCAGUAUUAUGCUGCAGCUACAGAAAAUGACAGAAACUGCUACAAGGUACAUUUGGAAUUUUUUUGCUAAAAAUGGAUUGGCAGCGGCAAAUUUCUUAGUAAUGCCUCACCAGUAAAAACGAAUCCGGUACAAACGACAUUGAGUUUUUGAGCCGUGAUCCACAUUUAUGGAGACUUCUCGCCUUACGUUUUGAUUCUCACUAACAUCUUCAGGCAUGGCACGCGUGGGCUUACAUGAACUUUGAAACAGUGUUGUACUACAAAAGUCAACAGUCAGGAACUGAUGGCCCUAAUAAUGGAAACGCUUCCAAAAAUCCUCCGCCGAUGUCGACCUCAUCUGUAAGUACAUUCUUAAGUUCAAUUGAAAAGGGAAAUGGUUUAAGAGUUGCGUUAAGCUGGGACUUUCCAGACCUUUUUAUCAAAUGAAGUUGUUUGUUUUUACAUGGUGUACAUUAUCCAUUCUAGGUAGCUAACCCAGUGAUCACAUACGCGGUGCCUGCAGUAAACGGUUUCUUUAAGUCAAUUGCUCUGUCCAGCGGCAAUUCCCUUCAAGAUACCCUCAGGUAAGUGUCCGGUGCCUUUUUCAACACGGCGGUCAAAUGUCAAUUCAUGCGCAAACGUUGUAAAGACAAAGUGGCGUGCUCUCAGGUUGCCGGAACCAAGUUUUCACGCACGAGUUACAAACAACCAAACAAGUAAAUAGUUUACGGUGUUUCAAAAGCGUUUAAAGUUUUUUUAAAGCUUAAAAGAGAAUGUUAAAUCAAUAGGAUGCUCUUACUUGAAUAAGUUUAGUGUUCGAAAGUCUCGAGUUUUCUUUUUACCACUUCUUUUCUUUAACAGGUUUCUAUGAACGUUUUAAUUAUAAUUUGCUUAUUUUGAAAGACAGCAGUUGUUUGUUAUAGCUUGUUUUGAAAUUUUGCGAGGGAAAUGGGUGCGCGGCCUUCAGAAUUGAUGCCCGCGUUUGGCCGCUGUAUUGCUUAGUUGGACGUGGAGCUAAGGAGAGUUAGCGGGCCAGCACCAGGACACUUAUGUGACAGUUGCAUGAAUCCUUGUUGGGCGCUUCUGAUGGAAUGCACGGACCUUAAAGUACCAUGGUCAUAUCUGCUGAACAUAAUCUAUUACAUUUACUUUACACAUUUUAUUUUUUCGUUCGGUCUUCAAUUUUCAAUCAUUAAGUGCGGCUAACCUUUAAAAGCCUGGAAUGUAGAGGUAGGGAGUGGCACUAAUCAAUACUGAUAGGUCUAUUUUCUUCGUGCCUUACUUUAUCAGAUUGUUGACACUGUGGUUUGAUUAUGGUCACUGGCCUGAGGUUUACGAAGCUCUCGUGGAGGGAAUUAAAACAAUUCAGAUUGACACAUGGCUUCAGGUACGGAUUUAAAUCUGGACACGAGUCAGUUUUGGUUCUGUAAAAAGUGCUUUGAGCAUCGAUAAUGUUCAUGUUUUAUUCUUUAAUCUCUUUAAUUUCCUCAACUCUGCAUUACUAUCAUUCUUAUUGUGUACUCGUUUUCUUAGGUCAUUCCGCAACUGAUCGCCAGGAUUGAUACUCCUCGCCAACUUGUUGGACGACUUAUUCAUCAGCUGCUCACAGAUAUUGGAAAACAUCAUCCACAGGUUUAGUCAGCUUCUACUGUAGUCAUUCAUCCUAAAGAACAAAAAUGCAUGAAGUGCUGUUCUUUUUGGUUUAUCCUCAAGUCUUUAAACGGUUACUUAUUAAGUUAUCGGAUUGGUAGUUAUCAAGGGAUGUUUAGCAUGAAAUUGAAAACUAAAGAAAAAGAGAAAAUCCGAUACCCACACGUUUAGCAGGUACGUAAAUGUCUGAAGACAAUGAGAAGUCGAGCAGAAUCAAAGCAAAGACUACCCCCUUCGAGCAAAGAAACAAUUGCAAAUCAUUUUUUAUCCAAGACCAUAACCAGUCCAUAAAUGACACAUCUGACUAAACGUUUGUUUUAUCUCUGGUCAGGCUUUGAUCUAUCCACUUACUGUAGCCUCCAAAUCAGCAAGCAGUGCCCGUCACGACGCAGCCAAUCAGAUUCUAAAUAACAUGUGUGAACAUAGUCAACAGCUCGUACAACAAGCAGUUAUGGUAUGUACAGGUCAUGUUUGAACGCAGUUUUAAGGUAGUAUAGUAAGCGGUCAUGGUAGGUUGUGAAAGUGUUUGGACUCAGUCUUAAGUCAGAUAGAGCAGCAGCAAGCAGUUAUCAUAAGAACUACACAGCAUGUGUGGACUCAGCCUUCAUUUCGUGCGGCAAAUGUUUAACAUAGGUGGACACAGUCAUAACUUGGAUAGGAAAAUAGUCCUGAUAGAUAUAGAACUUUUCUGAACAUAUCUUUCAGAUAGAUCAGAAAGCAAUUAUGGUAUGUCCAAUCUUUAAUUGGUUGUUAAGACGGCUACUGUUUGUUUCCGCUGUGGCAGGUUCACCUGAGAAAGCCACGAUUGAAUAGUCAAACUGAUCUGCUUUCCCAUUUUAAAGGAAAAAAAGAUUACUUGAAAUGAUCAUCGUGACCACUUUGUGUUCAAGUCAGAUUCAGUUUGCAUGAGCGGCUCUUCUCAUCAAUUUUUGUUAUUUAUGGAUCAAUAUACGGUUACAAUAGAAAACAUGAAUGCUGGGUCAGUUCAGAUAUUUUUAGUUUCUUCCUUAUCAUGCACUUAUUUUAGGUAAGUGACGAGCUUAUCCGAGUGGCCAUCUUGUGGCAUGAAUUAUGGCAUGAAGGGCUCGAAGAAGCUUCAAGGCUUUACUUCAGCGAAGGCAAUGUAAAAGGAAUGUUUACCGCUUUGGAGCCGCUGCAUCAGAUGAUGGAGAGGGGACCACAGACUCUCAAAGAAACUUCGUUUAACCAGGUAACGUAUAUGAUCUAAAGUGGCGUGGUAGUUGUAGUCUUUGCCAAAGAUAUUAUGCUUUUUCAUUUCUUUGUCUACUUACAUGUAUCCAGACCGUGUUUCCUCCGGUUUUGUCCACCGUGAUGCUAAUUACAGUUCAGGCUUGAAUGGCCGGAUAGUGGACACACUUUCUUUUUUAUCACUUCACGAGGGUUCCUUUUAAGGGGAGACCUUGAUAAUGGACCCUACCAAUGAAGUCUCUCUGCUAGCUGUUCGGUUAUAAGUGUUUCCAUUCGUUCCUCUGAAUGUACGUUCGUUCCUUUCUUUGUGUUUUCGCUUGCAUUCGUAUAUGUAAGCCUAGGAACCUUAGAAUUUAAAAUUAGAAUUUAACACUUGUAACACGCAUUUCUUUAUUUACAUAUACUCAUAUGAGAGAAAAGAGAGAAAAAAAUUAUUCCAAAUAAAGAUGAGUUUUAAAGUUUAAAGCUUAAGCGUUAGACAUUUACACUUUAACAAGAUCAAUUGUUAAUCUUGUCCAGGCUUACGGCCGGGACCUUAUGGAAGCUCAGGAGUGGUGUAGGAAGUAUCAGCGAUCAGGAAAUGUAAAAGAUCUUACUCAGGCCUGGGAUUUGUACUACUUGGUCUUUAGAAGAAUCUCCAAGCAACUACCACAGGUACUGUUACAAUUUGUAUAAAUCCAAAAUGAUAUUGAAAAUAAUAGAUCGGAGAGAAAAAUUAAAAUUAACGCUUCUUUAAUUGUCUUGAAGUUGAUCUAGAUAAUUAACUGACGUUUAACUGAUACUGUUGGUUACUGAUUCAUAGGAGAUGUGCUAAGGAGCUGCAAUUAAAAGCUCUAUCAAAUCAGUAACGUGUGUGUUUUCUUCAUGCAGUUGACUUCUCUAGAGCUUCAGUACGUGUCUCCCAAAUUGUUGAUGUGUCGGGACCUGGAGCUGGCUGUACCUGGAACCUACGAACCUCACAAACCUGUGAUACACAUCAGACAUGUUCAUGCCUCCCUUAACGUCAUUACGUCCAAACAGAGACCAAGAAAACUGUUUAUUACAGGUAAAGUAAUAAAAAAUAUUGUUUGGAGAAAAAUGUUGUGGAAAAAACUGAAAAAUGUACGUGAUCCUUCUUUCAUGCUUAUCUCUGUCCUGUAGGGAGUAAUGGCUCCGAGUUCAUGUUUUUGCUGAAGGGCCACGAAGAUCUUCGGCAGGACGAAAGAGUCAUGCAACUUUUUGGUUUGGUGAACACUCUGUUGGCUGGUGAUCAAGAAACUUCCAAGAGACAUUUGGGGUAAAACAUGCUCAAUAAUGUAUUUUUUCAUUCACUGAGAAUAGUUUCAUUUACGUUUGUCUCAUUUACUUUUAUUUCUAGAAUUGUGCGUUAUGCAGUCAUUCCGCUGUCAACAAACUCUGGUCUGAUUGGUUGGGUGCCUCACAGUGACACCCUGCACGCCCUCAUCCGGGACUAUCGGGAAAAGAAAAAGAUUCUCCUUAAUAUAGAACAUCGCAUCAUGUUAAGAGUAAGUUCAGCUCGUAAGGGUAUAGAACUCUCUGACUAAGAUACAUGUACCUUUAGCCAAUAAACGUCAAGCGAUGUUUUUACCAUCUUCUUACUUGAAGAGCUCUAAUAUCUUCAGUAUUUGACAGCCACACAUUGGAAGUCACACACUGACUGUCAGACACUGACUUGGUUAAAUGUCAUUUUAUCUUUUGUCUGGUCAGAUGGCGCCUGAUUAUGACCAUUUGACUCUAAUGCAAAAAGUGGAGGUGUUUGAGCAUGCGCUGUCCAACACAAAUGGAGAUGACUUGGCUAAGCUAUUGUGGCUGAAAAGUCCCAGCUCAGAGGUAAAGAAAUCAUACCAAGCAUUCAUUGUUGGUGUAUUGUCUUUUGAAUGAAAAUUCAUAUUUUGUGUUACGUGGUGAUAAGAUGAAAAUUGUAAGUACGUUCACAAACCAAACUUUUUUUUUUUCCCCAUACACAGUAUGAACCAAAUUUGCAGCUUUAGCAAUAAACUCUGAAGGGAAUUGUUCGUAGUAGGAGCCCUGUUCAUAGCUGUUAUUUACACAUUUCUCUUUUAUUGUUUCACGUAUUUAAGGUAUGGUUUGAUCGUCGAACUAACUAUACUCGAUCUCUUGCUGUUAUGUCCAUGGUGGGAUAUGUGCUGGGCCUGGGAGACAGGUUAGAUAAAGUUUUACUUUGCCCUAUUUCUACUUUGAAGGAAUAUCACAGUGAAUGGUGUGCUUUGUGGGACACUUUUACUGAAUUACUUUCAUCCGAUAUGCAAUCUUUAUCAACUUAAAACUAGACAAGCUCACUGAUUUGUUUUAAAUGUCCCAGGCAUCCAUCAAAUUUGAUGCUGAACCGCUUAAAUGGAAAGAUCGCCCAUAUCGAUUUUGGUGAUUGCUUUGAGGUAUGUUGCACUUGUAUUUAUGGUUUGUAGGUUUGUUUGUUCCCGUGCCAGGGCUUUGUAAAAAAUUUGCUUUUCCCUUCUUUUCGAGGUGGCAAUGACCAGAGAAAAGUUUCCCGAGAAAAUCCCGUUUAGACUGACGAGAAUGUUGACGAAUGCUAUGGAGGUAUGAACCACAAUCAUAAUCUUUAAUGUUUCUGUGGCUGACUCAGGUUGAAAGGGGGAUGAUUCUAAGGUUGAAUUUACUUAGUUGCUCGAAAAAAAUAAGUUGAAAUUGAAUAAUGUGUUUUGAGGGUUAUGACAUGUAAGCGCUGAUGGGAAAAUGCAAUGCGUGCCUCUUGUGUUAAGGUUGAUAUCGAUCUGUUUUGUUGUUUAGGUGACUGGUAUUGAUGGAAACUACCGAAUGACGUGUGAAAGUGUUAUGCGAGUUCUGCGGGCUCACAAGGACAGUGUCAUGGCGGUGUUGGAAGCUUUCGUUUAUGAUCCCUUACUGAAUUGGAGGCUUAUGGAUUGUAAGUUGCAUACAGACUAUAAUUUUUAAGCAUUUCAAUUGACGUUCUUUACAAUAUUUUGUAAACAAAAUUAAGGGAAGCCAACUAGAGUUACAGAGCGUAAUGUCACAUUUAAAUGAAGUUUUGGUGGUGACGUGAUCUGUUGAUCUUAUCUGCUCAUUUUCAUACUACUUGCCUUACUUUACUACAUGUUCCUUUUACAGCUACGCCAAAAAUCAAACGCUCCAAGGGCAGAUCUGACACGAUGUCUGAGGGAGGGGAGGGUAAGUUAUUGCUGUGCGUUGACACAAUUGUUUUUUUAUUUUAAAUAAGCUUGAAGAUAUUUUGUCAUAAGCACAUGCAUAUAAUUUUGAGCGGAUCGCAAGUCGAGUUCAUCGCCUGAAUAUUAUCUGAAGGACAUGAAGUCUUCAGAACGUCGUGGUCUCAGGGGCCAAUGUUGUAAGACAAACGAUAACCUUUGGUUCCAGUUCAUCGCGACGAACUACCAAAACUCGUUUCUGUUUUUGUUUUUUUCCUUGUCUCGCGACAGGUAUAAUAUGAGUUAUUAUACCAUUCGAGUGAGGCUCUCCUUUGAAGAUCUUUUCAUGCACUUGUUUAAGUCGAUGAUACAUUAAUUGUCUUCGUUUUUUUUCCAUUUUCUAUAUGAUUAGAUGUUCUCGAAGGCGUGGAGGUGAAUCCUGAACGCCCCACCAAGAAGCAGUCGACAGAACACAUGCCAUCUUACGGUGCGAACGGAAAUGACUUUGGUUUUAUCAUGAAUGACAUUCAUAUAUUAAGACCUCUCGGGAGAAACAACUUUUUGAUAAAGAAAAACCACACAGACUCGUUGCUGAAUCUGAAGUUCUUCUUGGUGUGGAUUAUGUUGUUGUUUUGUUGUUUUCUUUUGGUUGUUUAUUUGUUUUUAAGUUCUAUGUUAAUGAUAUUGUGGAUCAUUAAGCGCAUUAGAUCAUUUACUUAUAAUUAAUUUUUUCGCUAUAUAAGUAUUAAAUUUAUUAUUUAUUAUUGUUUUUAUUUUGCUCUAUAUUUUUUGCAUGUUUAAAAUAUGGGUGUUCUUUUAAUGAAGCAUGUUAAAAUUUUGCUCUCUUUACAGAAGAUGAAAGCGGCCCUAAGCCAGAGGCCCUUAACAAGAAAGCUGUCGCCAUUGUUAACCGUGUGAGAGACAAAUUAACAGGUACAUUUUCACCUUCUUGUCAAUUGCUUCUUGCGUUCACUUAUGGCUCAAAUUGGAUAAACCACCCGCAGUUAUAUUUCCCAGUGUUCAUGACGGUAACGUAAGACGUCGGGUAUCAAAUUGCACGUUUUCAGGUUUUAUGAAUAAAUGAGGUAAGUUUGUAAAGAAACUGAGAUGAAAAUGUGGAAAAUCACGGAAGUUUUAAAGCAUAACCCUUCGUCACACUGCAUUGUUGCUCAGCAAGACACGGUGCUCUACAAAUGAUAGUGUCUGUUGGAGAAACGUUUGCUACUUACUGUCUUUGUUCUAUAGGAAGCGACUUCACUAGUAAUAACAACCUCGAUGUACCCACCCAAGUUGAUCUUCUGAUCAAACAAGCCACUUCACACGAGAAUCUCUGCCAGUGCUACAUAGGAUGGUAAGAAUUAAUAACUGAAAUUUCAUUGCGUCGAAAUAAAUCGCUUUUGGAUCACAAUGAGAACUACUGGUUCUACCAGUAAUUGUGUUAGCCAAUAAAGUCAUCAUCAUCAUCAUUAUUAUUAUUAUUAUUAUUAUUAUUAUUAUUAUUAUCAUCAUCAUCAUUAUAAAAAGUUUCCAACAUUUUGUCCCACAGGUGUCCAUUCUGGUGAGCAGAAAAAUACAAAUUUAUAAGGACUACCUUGGAUUCUUGCACAGAACAAAUGGCAGAUAUGAUUGUAGUUUCAAAGAAAAGCGCUUGAACGAGUAGCCGACAUCUAAAUAAUUAUUUUCCCUGACUUGUUCUCAGCUCGCCUUGGUGAAAGGGUAUCUGUGCAUGCCCUAAAAUCAAAACAUAACGCCCUUGCUAAAUAUGAAACCGUCGAAAAGAGGGUCAUUAACGGCAACCUCACUGUUAUGAUCUCCGAUUAUGUUUGAAAUGAGUGGUAUUCCUUUAAACUUUAAACGAGUCUCCUUCGCCUUUAUUUCUCAUCUUUUUUUGUGGAUUGCUGUCGCAUGCAACAGGCAUGAGGUCAGCUGAAACCUUUCCUAGAACUAUCCGAUUACCCGACCAGACGGCGCGUUGCUCGUUAUUUAAUUUAGUUUUUGUAAAUUGUAUUACACAAAUUUGUAAGUUUUUAUUUUGUUAGUAAAAUAUAGAGAAAGGCUUUAAACUUGCAUCGCACGCUAAUUUACUAUGAGUGACCUUAUUCAGUGCCAACUGUGUUAGAAGAUUAUGACGCCAAAAUAAAAUUCAAGUUACUUGCAACAACU